GGGCUGCGAGGUCUCUGGGGAACAAGACUCAUGGAGGAAAGCAACACUAACAGAGAGAAAUACCUGAAAAGCGUUCUGCGGGAACUGGCCACGUACCUCCUUUUUCUCAUAGUCUUGUGCAUCUUGACCUACGGGCUGAUGAGCUCCAGCGUGUACUACUACACUCGCGUGAUGUCACAGCUCUUCCUGGACACCCCAGUGUCCAAAACGGAGAAAACGAACUUUAAAACGCUUUCUUCGAUGGAAGACUUCUGGAAGUUCACAGAAGGCGCCUUAUUGGAUGGGCUCUACUGGAAGACCCAGCCCAGCAACAGAACUGAAGCUGACAACCGAAGCUUCAUCUACUACGAGAACCUCCUGUUGGGGGUACCACGGAUACGGCAACUCAAAGUCAGGAAUGGAUCCUGUUCUAUCCCCCAGGACUUGAGAGAUGAAAUUAAAGAGUGCUAUGAUGUCUACUCUGUCAGUAGUGAAGACAGGGCUCCAUUUGGUCUAAGAAAUGGAACCGCUUGGAUCUAUACAAGCGAAAAAGACUUGAAUGGGAGUAGCCACUGGGGCGUGAUCGCAACUUAUAGUGGAGCUGGCUACUACCUGGAUUUGUCAAGAACAAGGGAGGAAACAGCCGCUCAGAUUGCUAGCCUCAAGAAAAAUGUCUGGCUGGACCGAGGAACCAGGGCAACUUUUAUUGACUUUUCAGUGUACAACGCCAACAUUAACCUUUUCUGUGUGAUCAGGUUAUUGGUUGAAUUCCCAGCAACAGGCGGUGUGAUUCCAUCUUGGCAAUUUCAGCCUGUAAAGCUGAUCCGCUAUGUCACAACUUUUGAUUUCUUCCUGGCGGCCUGUGAGAUUAUCUUUUGUUUCUUUACCCUCUAUUAUGUGGUGGAAGAGAUAUUGGAGAUACGCAUUCACAAGCUACACUAUUUCAGGAGUUUCUGGAAUUGUCUGGACGUUGGGAUCAUUGUGCUAUCGGUGGUAGCUAUAGGAAUUAACAUACACAGAACAUCAAAUGUGGAGGCGCUGUUACAGUUUCUGGAAGAUCAAAAUACUUUCCCCAACUUUGAGCAUCUGGCAUACUGGCAAAUACAGUUCAACAAUAUAGCUGCGGUCAUAGUCUUUUUUGUCUGGAUUAAGCUCUUCAAAUUCAUCAACUUCAACAGGACCAUGAGUCAGCUGUCCACAACCAUGUCUCGGUGUGCCAAGGACCUCUUUGGCUUCGCAAUUAUGUUCUUCAUUAUUUUCUUAGCUUAUGCUCAGUUGGCAUACCUUGUCUUUGGCACUCAGGUUGAUGACUUCAGUACUUUCCAAGAGUGUAUCUUCACUCAAUUCCGUAUCAUUUUGGGUGAUAUCAACUUCGCAGAGAUUGAGGAAGCUAAUCGAGUUUUGGGACCACUUUAUUUCACUACAUUUGUGUUCUUUAUGUUCUUCAUUCUUUUGAAUAUGUUCUUGGCCAUCAUCAGUGACACUUACUCGGAAGUUAAAUCUGAUUUGGCUCAGCAGAAAGCUGAAAUGGAACUGUCGGAUCUUAUCAGAAAGGGCUACCAUAAAGCCUUGGUCAAACUAAAACUAAGAAAAAAUACCGUGGAUGACAUUUCAGAGAGUCUGCGGCAAGGGGGAGGCAAGUUAAACUUUGAUGAGCUUCGACAAGAUCUCAAAGGGAAGGGCCACACUGACGCGGAGAUUGAGGCCAUAUUCACCAAGUACGACCAAGAUGGAGACCAGGAGCUGACUGAGCAUGAACAUCAGCAGAUGAGAGAUGACUUGGAAAAGGAGAGGGAGGACCUGGACUUGGAUCACAGCUCUUUACCACGUCCCAUGAGCAGCCGAAGUUUCCCACGGAGCCUGGAUGACUCUGAGGAGGAUGAUGACGACGACAGUGGGCACAGCUCCAGAAGGAGGGGAAGCAUCUCCAGUGGGGUUUCUUAUGAAGAGUUUCAAGUCCUGGUGAGACGCGUGGACCGAAUGGAGCACUCCAUCGGCAGCAUUGUGUCCAAGAUUGACGCUGUGAUCGUGAAGCUGGAGAUCAUGGAACGGGCCAAACUGAAGAGAAGGGAGGUGCUGGGAAGACUGCUGGACGGAGUGGCUGAGGAUGAGAGGCUGGGCCGGGAGAGUGACAUCCACAGGGAGCAGAUGGAGCGGCUGGUGCGCGAGGAGCUGGAGCGCUGGGAUCGGCCGACGGAACGGAGGGCGCGGGGGGCCGCGGGAGCCCCGACAUGCGCGUGUAGGGCUCGGGCUAGCAAGCGCGGUUCCGUAAGUGAGAAGGUCGUGAGUGGCCAUUCCAAGGACACGGCGCAGGAGGUCCUCGCUCUGCGUCAUCGACAGGCUCUUGGGCCUGUGGCGAAACAAAAGAGAAUGAAGCCAAGUUCACCGCAGGCUAAUCGGCAUGAGCAGGAGCUACGUUCCUGCGGCACAGACAUCAGUGAUAAAGCAAGGCUACUCCAGGCCCUGACCACCACAUGA